GGCGAGAGGGGACCGUGUCUGCGUUUCCAUUAAACAGAAGGAGACGCUGCUCACUGUCGCUGUGACGACAGGCUCUCUCCAGCGGCUCGAGACCGAACUGUAACCGAGCGGUCUGUUUAAAGAGAACGGAGCCGUGUUACCGUCUUCACCCAGGCUCUGGUUUUGAGUAACAGACCCCUCACAGCCCACCGAUUCAGUGUCGGAACCGUUUAGUGUUCAUUUUAACGACCAGAGAUCAACAUGGAGGGAAUUAACGUUACACCGUAGGACUCUCACCGGACGCUGCCUGAGACAUGGGAAAAUGGGAGUUAACCAUGAAUCCAGUUCAGGAGUGGGGUGAGGAGAUUGAAGAUGGUGCAGUGUUUGGGAUCACCCUGCGCAGAGAGCCCGUCCAGCAGUCCAGCGAGGCCACAGAGUCAUGUCCUUGUUCUGCAUUCGUGCAGUACCGCACGUGUAAGGUACGGAGGCUGAAAGCGGCCACUCUGGAGCGGCUUGUAGCUCACCUGCUCGAUCCCUGCUGUCAGGAACAGGACUAUGGGAGGAUACUUCUGUCCACAUACUGCACCUUCACCAGCUCCAAUGAACUUAUCGAGAUGCUUUUCCAGAGGGACAUUCUUGCCUCUGAACUGGACAACAACAAAUGUCAUAAGAGCCCUUUGUGGACUUUGCUCCAGAUUUGGUUGGAAGAGUUUGCUGAGGAUUUCAGAGACUCUCCAAUGCACUCUUCUUUGCGCUUGAUGUGCCUUCAGCUGAGACGGCACCCCUCCCUCUCUCCUCUGGCCAAGCGCUAUGAGGCUCUCCUUAAGAGAUUUCAAGCAGAAGAUCUUGUGAAUAAUGAGCAGGCUGGUCUGGAUGAUGAGCCAGAAGUGGAUCAGGAAGAGAAGGACUUAGAGACAGAUGAUCUAACUAAUCAAGCAGAGUUCAUGGACUUCACCAUCACAGGACUCGCAGAACAGCUCACCAGGCUGGAUGCUGAGUUGUUUGUGAAGGUGGUGCCCUUUCAGUGUUUGGGCUGUGUGUGGUCUCAGAGAGAUAAGAAGGAGAAUCUCUCCCCCACCAUCCGCGCCACCAUUGCACAGUUCAACGCCAUCACUAACCGAGUCAUCACCUCACUGCUUUGCCCCUCCAUCUGUCCUUCUUCCACUCCGUUGUCCAGUACCACACAGAGAGCCAGAAUCAUCGAGAAGUGGAUACGAGUUGCACAGGAGUGCAGACAGCUAAAGAACUUCUCCUCCCUGAGGGCCAUCCUGUCUGCCCUGCAGUCCAACCCUAUCUACAGGCUGAGGAAGACCUGGGCCUCAGUGAGCAGGGAGAGCUUGAGUAUCUUUGAGAACCUGUGUGAAACUUUCCCUGAUGAAAACUGUGUACUGACUAGCAGAGAAAUCCUUGUGGAGGAUGGGGGCCAGGCAGCUGUGGAUAACAUUUCGCCCAGCACGUCCAAGCGAUGUCCCGUGUCCAGACAGAUGAGCACCACCAGUGGAGUUGUGCCUUACCUGGGAACAUACCUGACUGUGCUCACUAUGCUGGAUACAGCACUGCCUGACACUGUGGAGUGCGGCCUCAUAAAUUUCGAAAAGCGGAGGAGGGAGUAUGAGAUUCUAUGGCAGAUUCGACAGCUACAGGCGUCCUGCUCCCAGUAUGUAUUGCCUCAUCAUCCUCAGAUUGCAGCCUGGCUGCAGCGUCACAGGCUUCUCACAGAUCAGGAGAGCUAUGAGUUGUCCAGACAGUUGGAGCCACCCCUGGACACCUGUCCACCAUCUAGUAGUGGAGCCUGGAGUCACCGCGCACUCACCAGAAAGCUGUCCUCCCUCCUGAGUGUCAGUGAUGGCUCAAGAAGAAACGCUGACCAGAUCAGCGUUUCAUCUUCUGGAUCCAGCAGCUCUGAAAUGGAAGAUCUCUCCACACAUCACUCAUCUCCUCUUAGAGCACAGUCCCUCUCCAGCUCCUGCCAAAACAUGGCCGAUUCUCUUCCCUCCUCAUCUUCUCCUGACUCCUCCUGUUCCUCUUCAGGCUCCCCAACUGACCUCAUUCUUCCUCCUCCACCCUCUUCCUCAACUCCUACCAAGCUCAGCCAUAAACGCUCGGUCUCUAUGACCUCCCUGCCCCUUUACAACAGGCAGGUGGCCGACUCCUGCAUCAUCAGGGUCAGCGUGGAGCGCAGCAACAAUGGCAACAUGUACAAGAGCAUCCUGCUAACAAGUCAGGAUAAGACAGCACAAGUGAUCGAGAGAGCUCUGCAGAAGCACAACCUGGAGAAUGCCAGUGUGCAGGACUUCUCACUUGUUCAGGUGUUGGCGCAAGACAGAGAACUACUCAUUCCAGACAAAGCCAACGUCUACUACGCCAUGUCUACUUCAGCCAACUAUGACUUUGUUUUACGUCACUACCCAAAAGGCCAGCGGAAACAACUGACUCGCUCCGUGUCAAUGUCAGCAGGCCGAUGCUCAAAAUAACAGCGCCCCCUAUAGCUCUGGAGACGUCUUGACGAGUGGAAAACCUGCUUGGAGAACUGCACAAGACUUUGAAUUAUUUCUCAGCUAUGAGAUUUCAUAGCUUUAUGUAAAAAAUGUAUAUAGUAGAUGUAAAAUCUAUUUAUUUAAUGUUAGCUAUUUGAAGGACACUUUUUUAUAUAUUAUCCAUUUGACUAACUCAGCUUGAGCUUUUUCAGUUGAGGCAAGAAGUUAAACUGUCUCUAAACUCCUAGAACUAAGGCACCAUGCCUAUGACCUCAUAACAGAGGUAUAUUCUGUGCAAUGCGAUUUAAAUGUGAGGUUCCUCGAGGCAUUUCUCUUUUUGUGAAGAUCACAAGGCAGAGCUGCAGCCAGCUCAAGAGCCAAAUGACUGUGGAAACAAAAAACAUGCUGCAUAGUACACACGAACAUGCUCAAGUAUUUGUUCUCACAGACACAUACAGAGGGUUUUGAAAUCAUAUUCUGUUAAAUUGAUUGAUUUGGGUGGUUAGUAUGUAACACCUAAAUUAAUUUGGAGCUGAAUGUCUUCACAUACGUAAUCAACAUAAUCAGUGCUUACAUAAUCAACAGCUUUACAGUACAGUCAUCUGUCUCAAAGCAUCCAGGUUCCAGACAGAGCAUUUUCCCCAUUUACAUUUGAGACACUUAUUGCAGUGCGAACAUAUAUGCUUUUAAAAAAAGGUUCCACAAAGGAUUAAUUGAGCAAUGCAAUACAAACCAUUCUCUAAAGAACCAUGUUUGAAAAAAAGAUUUGCGACUGUGAUGGCCAAUUUAAGGAUUCUUCCUAGAAUCUUUACAUUAUAAAGAUAUUUUAAAAAGUUCUUCACACUCACAAAUCUCAUUUACCAAAAUGGUUCUCCUAAGAACUACAUACUAUAGUAGAAAAUAAUAUUAAUUUGUAUAGAACCUUUACAUCAUAUGGAGUUCUGCACUCUUGCACAUCUCGUUUAUGAAAAUGGUUAUUUAAAGAACCAUCCAUUGAAAGGUGAGGUUGAGAUGUAUGAGUCUGAAGAUUCUUUUUGAACCUCACUUAAAAGGUUUGGGAAAUUUUAUUCUCAACAUUGUAUACCAAAGCUUAUAUUUAUUACACAUAUGAGCUACAAUCUUAAAAAUAGAGCUGUCAGAAAUGGUUCUUUGGAGUGAUGUCAAAGAAGAACCACUUUUGGUUCCUUGAAGAACCUUUCAGUGGAUUGUUCUUUAAAGUACUCUUUUGUGCACAUGUAAAGAACUCUUUAAAAGUAUGAUGUAAAGGUUCUAUACCAGUUAAAGCCGUUUUUUUAGAACCAUAUACACAAGCCAAGAACUAUUUAGCACCCAUUAUUUUUAAGAGUGCAUAGUAGGUUGUAUAACAGAAAACAGCUACGCUUUUUCUUCUGUCACAUCUUGCAAGGAAACCUUAUUUGGCACCUCUAUUUUAAGAGUGUAGUCUCUUUUCCCACUUUAUUUAUUUUUCUGUCCAUGUUUCAGCCUGUGAGUGAUAGCUGCUGGACGAUGGUGGAGUCUUGCCUUUGUGUGCAGUGGAUCAUGUGCUACACACAGACAUUGUAUUAACAACUAAUGCCAUGUUUAUCAUCAUACAGCUUUAUUUUUUUAUCCACAUAUGUGACUCCUACUGAUCUUUUGCUAAACUGUGUAGCUUAAUUUUUCUUAUGGUCAUAUAUAAACAGCAUUUCAGCUCAUUUUGAAGGUUGUCUCAACAGAAGAAUGAGGUAAAGAACAAAAACAAGUUUAAUUUAAAGGGGAAUUCCACCAGUUUUUCUAAAUUUCUGUAUAAUUCAGUCAUUACGAUGGAAGGUCAUUUAGAGUGGUCUGAUGUGAAAUAAUCCAAUCAAAAUAAAUGUAUCGAGUCAGAAGUGUUCACAGUGGUGAUGAUAGGAACCAGAUGUCUGUACCAUAUGACGUCUCUAAAAGCUCCCUCACAGAAGGUCAUUGCACAUAAUUAUAACAAAUGUAUUGCCUGAUGCCGCAGACAUUAUUUUACAGUUUUUUUUAGAUAAGCUUUUUUAAAAUCCAUUCAUGGUGAUAAAGUUUUUUUCAGAUUUGCCACUAUUUUUCAUUAUCAACAUUACAUAUAAAACAUCAGAAGACGUGUAAAUUCACUGGUAGUUUUGAAUAGUAAAUAAAUAACUGUAUUUGCGUUGUAAACAUUGCAAACCUUGGUUUCUGUCACCACUACUGUAAAGAGUCCAUAAGUUUCUCCACAACAAACUAUUUCUCAAACUUAGAAUUCAGAAAAAUUGGUGGAAUUCCCCUUUUAGUAGUACUGACUGUAAAUGUAGCUACAGGGUUAAAUUCAGUAGGUUUUCAGUAGAUUCACAGAUGAACGUGUUUUCUUCACAGAGCCGUUGAGACAGGAUGGAUGUCCGUGUGUCAGAUAAAGGUGGCUGAACAGGUGUUGUGGCAUUCCACAGCCACAGUGACGGGAACUCUACAUUGCGCAAGUUAGUUAAAGCCACAGUCAGGAAUCACUGCAGUGUCUGAAUAAUGACUACAGUGUGCAUGUCUGCUGUCGGAUCUUUAAACAGUCCUAUUUAAAAAUGUCACAAUAUGGAAUUAUGAUAUGGUGUACCUACCUUUGCAUUGUUGUUCCUUACAGAUGUUCUUUUUAAAGUAGAGUUUUUCAGUAUAUCUCAUGAGGCUUGGAACAUUAUCAGUGACGGAAGUGAACGUUGUACUUUUCAGAUUCUUUUUUUGUUGUCACUGUACUUCACGCAGUGAUCUGUUUUUCCUAUUCUGUGUGCACUCUGCAGUCCAUAACAUUUCAACACCAUACUGUACAAUGCUGCUUAUGCAUGAUUAUGUUCAUAUAGCACUUUCUCUAAAUGUUAAAAUGAA